UCCUUCCAAUCUUAUCUGCCUCAGUAGCCGCCAGCAGAUUUUUUAACCUAGGACUAGCAGUGAUUAUCACUAGUUAAUAUAGUAUGUCUUUCUGCCUCAGCCUCAGUAGCCGGCAGAGUGAGGUGAAGAUAUGUCUGCUUUCGUGCUCGCCGGCGCCGGCGCUGCCUUGCUUCUCGGCUUCCUCUACAUCGUCAAGAACCGGUCGAGCAAGAGCAAACUCCCGCCGUCGCCCGUGUCUCUGCCACUGGUCGGUCACCUCCAUCUCAUCGGCCGCCUCCCGCACCGGUCCCUGCACGAGCUGCAACUCCGAUAUGGCGGCGACGGUGGCCUUCUCCUCCUGCAUCUCGGGCGCCGGCGGACACUGGUCGUCUCCACGGCCGCGGCGGCCGCGGACCUGUUCCGCAACCACGACCUUGCAUUCUCCUCCCGCCCACACAACGCGGCGGCUCACAAGCAGACGUAUGGCUCCCGCAACAUCUCCUUCUCGCCGUACGGGGACCACUGGCGCCGCGCCAAGAAGAUCGCGGUGGUGCACCUCCUCUCCCAGCGCCGCGUAGACGGGUUCGCGCCCGUCCGUCAAGCUGAGGCGGCCGCGCUGGUGGCGCGGACACGGCGAGCCGCUGAGGCUGGAGAAGCUGUGCAGCUGAAGGAGCUCCUGUACGGCUACACCAACUCGGUGGUCACCCGCGCCGCAGCCGGAACCGCCGGGACGACGGCCGAGAGGCUGAGGCAGCUCCUGGCGCACGGCGCGACGCUAGUGGCGGGGUUCCAGGCGGACGACGUGCUGCCGAGCGCGGCAGCAAGGGUGUUCAGGUGCGCAACAGGGCUCGAGAAGAAGAUCGACGACAUGAACGAGAACUGGGACAGGUUCCUGUCGGAGAUCGUGGCCGAGCACAAGGAGAAGACUAGACUGGGGCAGGGGCUGGGGCAGGGACAGGAUGGUGACUUCUUGGACGUCCUCCUGCAGCUGAAGGAAGGAGGAGGCCUCGAGGGUUUCGAGCUCACCGAUGACGAUGGCAUCAAAGCCAUCGCUAAGGACAUGAUAGCCGCGGCGACGGACACAACAGCCGUGACGCUGGAAUGGGCCAUGGCGGAGCUCGCCCGAAACCCGCGGGUUAUGGCCAAGCUGCAGGACGAGAUCGCGCGCGUGGCCGGCGGCAACUUCGAGCAGUUAACGGACCUCGGAGACGCGGAGCUGAACAAGAUGGUCUACCUGAGGGCGGUGGUGAAAGAGGUGUUCCGCCUCCACCCGCCGGUGCCGCUCCUCCUCCCGCGCGAAUCCAUGGCCGCGGCGGGUGUGCAGGGCGGCAGGUACGAGAUCCCCGCGAAGACCGCGCUGCUGGUCAACGCGUGGGCGAUCGGGAGGGACCCCGCGGCGUGGGACGCGCCGGAGGAGUUCCGGCCGGAGCGGUUCCUGGCGGGCAGCGAGGCAAGGGCGGUGGACGUGAGGGGGACGGACUACCAGCUCCUCCCGUUCGGCACGGGGCGGAGGAUCUGCCCCGGCAUCAGCUUUGCGCUAGCAGCCCUGGAGCUCGCGCUCGCCAGCCUCCUGCGCCACUUCGACUGGGAGCUCCCCAGCGGCACGCACUCGGCGGACAUGGACAUGCUCGAGGCGCCGGGGCUCUCGACGCCGCCGCGGGUACCCCUUGUUCUCGUCCCCAAGUGGAAGCCGCUUGCUUAGGCAUGCAGCGCACGCUGCACUUUGCGUUAGGAAUAAUAGACGAUAUGGCUUCAUGGAAUCAUGUUAUGUGUAAGAAGUAAGAACAGGCUACGAACUGGGAAUAAUGAAACAAAUUUCAAACCUGCAACUAGUAAAAUCAAAAUCAGGAACAUAUACUGUACCAUCAGUUAUAUUGGUGCAACCCUUCAGUUAUAUUGGUGCAGCCGUGCAA